AUGGCUUCCUUCGCCGUCUUCCGCGCAACGAAAGUUGCCCUCCCUCGCCAGUCCUUCCGAACCUGCAAGAUAUUCACCAUGGAUGCCAGACGGAAUUUCUCAUCCUAUCUGGUGUCGCCAAAGGAGCUCAACGAAGCUCUGAAGAAGAGCCCGCCCUCCCCCAUUAACCCCGAACCCCGAAUCGUCCCUCUCUGCGCUGCCUGGUUCUUGCCGAACGAUAAGCGAAAAGGCCUCGAGGUCUUCCGAGAGAAGCGAAUCCCCAAGGCACGCUUCUUCGACCUCGACAAGGUCAUCGACAAGCGAAGUCCCUACCCACACAUGCUGCCGAGCGCCAAGCAGUUUGCCGAGGCCAUGAGCGAGCUGGGCAUCCGGAAGGAGGAUACUGUAGUCGUCUACGAUACAAAGGAGUUGGGCAUUUUCAGUGCGCCUCGCGUUGGUUGGACACUCAAAGUCUUCGGACACCCCAAGGUACAUGUCCUGAACAACUUCAAACUGUGGGUAGAGGAAGGCUUUCCCACAGAGUCGGGCGAGUUCUAUAGCGUGGAAUGCAACCCUUACCCGAUCCCCAAGAUCGAUGAGGACAAGGUCGCAAGCUACGAACAAGUGCGCGAGGUGGCCGAGGACUCCAACAAGGAGGGUGCCGAGGGCGUCCAAAUUCUGGAUGCCAGACCACCAGGCAGAUUUACUGGCAAGGACCCCGAGCCGAGGGAAGGGUUGUCUUCUGGGCACAUGCCUGGAUCUAUCAGUGUCCCAUUCAGCUCUGUUCUCGACCCGACGACCAAGGCUUUCCUGCCAAAGGACAAGCUGAAGCAGCUCUUUGAGGAGAAGGGUGUCGAUCCGUCGAAACCCAUCAUCUCAACCUGUGGUACGGGUGUCACGGCGGUGGCCAUCGAGACGGCUUUAGAGGAGGCUGGACUCGGUUCUGCAGACAACCGUAAGGUCUACGAUGGUAGUUGGACCGAGUGGGCACAACGAGUCAAGCCCUCUGAUAACCUGAUUCUCAAGGACGAGUAG